ACGGAAGUGGACAGUGUCAAACAUGGCGCUGUCCUGUUCGAGCCUGUGCAAGCAUUUGUCUUUGAUCCGUCUGUGUGGUCUCCGGACAAACAGCAUAACAAAUGUCCUUUAUUCCCCCCGUGUGUCCUAUCAGUCCAGGUUGCCCCUGUGUAGAUACUACUCCUCGUCCAAAGUUAGACGAGGUAUCGGUCGAUAUGUCUCCUCCAGGCUCCAGAGGGCAAAUAGCAAAUAUGAAGGUUUCCUCAAAAGGCGAUUUCCCAGAUUUUUCCAGCUCUACCACACUUUUGUGGAAGGAUUCAAGCUGCUGUUCCAAGAUGCCAGAGAUGUGAAGAGGAUAAAAAUGAAGAUGGUCUCUGAAAGACUACAGUUCCAGGAUUUGCCCUACAGAGAGAUGGAGAAACUCAGACAGUUUCGCAGAAACGUGGUCAAGGCAUUUCCACUGGUGGUGAUAUCCAUCCCUCCUUUUGCCAACUACCUGGUUUUUGUCCUCAUGUACUUUUUCCCCCGCCAGCUCCUGAUUCCUCAUUUCUGGACUCCCAGGCAGCAGGUGGAGUUUCAGGCACUGUACCACUCUCUUAGGGCCCAGCACCACUGGCCAGUUCUCAAAGGGCUCGAGAAUACGAGCCGCCAGGUCAAAGACGGUCAGCUGCAGCACCGCCUUACGGAGCUGUGCGCUAAAGUGCAAAAUGGAGAAAAACCUCCAAAGUGGGUCUGAAAUCCUUUGCCGUUCGGGCCUUGUUCUCUG